AUGUCCGCUGCCUCUGCCGCCACCGCCGCCACCGCCAAUGCCGCCUCCCUCGUCACGAUGGAUGAGGUGCUCACCGUCGCUGGGCGCGUCGCCGCUGUGCUCCGAACCGACCUGGGCGAGCGCACGAGGCUGGAUCUCGAUGGACCGCUGAUGGAAUACCUGGCGGCGUUUUGGGGCAGGGUGGUAGUGACCGUAGACGCGGGUCAGAUGGUCUCCAUACCGCCUCUCGUCGCGUCUGCCUUGGAGCAGCUUGUGAACCCCAACGGCUUCACGUCCACAGCGAUUGCAGAGGACGACGAGCUCAUUGGGAACCUGCUGCCGCGUGAGUUCAUCGCGCACAUGGAUUUUGAGGGUGUGGCGGACAGAGAGACGGAGUGGUGGAUGCAAGGGGACGCCUCUUCGUCCGCAGCGGCCGCAGGUGCCCAAGAAGCGGGUCCCAGUGACGCCCAGAUGAAGGAAGCGGCGGCCCCUCAAGAAGCGGGUCCCAGCAGCGCAGACGCAGACCCAGAGGCGCCUCUGGAAGAAACGGACGGGAAGACCAAAAAGCGGCCGGCCACGCCAAGCGAGGGCAAGAAGCAGAAGAAGCGGGCCCGCAAGGAACUGAAAUCAGCGGCAAUGGUGGAAUCGUCCGGUGAAGAAGAAACACCCCUUCCAAAGGGCGCAAAGGGUAAGGCCCCGGCAAAUGCAAGGCAGCGCGUCGCCCAGAAGACCAGCGGCCCCCAGAAGUCGAAGAAGUCGCUCCCCGUGGCGUACAAGUCGCCCCAUGAGAAGAUGCAGCCCGACUCGCUGAUUGAUGCGGUCGUUCAAUGUGAUCACUGCCGGCAGAACAACAGAGACUGCCAGUACAAGGUCAGCAGGACCGGUUCGCUGCCCGGGCGUUGCGAGGGAUGCGCGAAGCAGCAGACCGCCUGCAGCCUCGCCCCGCGCUACGUCAAUGGGCAAUCGCUCAGAAACACCAGUGCUGGGCAAAUGGCGCAGAAGUGGCGUGACUGGGCCAGGGCGCGGAAGGCGGCGGAUCUCCCGGUUCCGGAACUGGCGAUCCUCCACGAUGGACCCCAGGGCGCGGAGGACUGGGUCGUUGACCUUGAGACCUGGGACGGCAAGACUGCCACCGUGGCGAAGCAUCUGCAGGACUGGGUCGCCUAUCGCACCAAAAUGCGGCUGGCCGGGCGCCACAUCAAGGCCUUCAAGGCCAAGGACUUCAUCGACUUGACCGUCGAGAAGCAGGAUGGCGCGGAGCCGCCCGUCUUUGACUUGACAGGUGAGGCCCAGGAUACGACAGAGCCGCCCGUCGAUCCCAAGGACAACGACGUGGAGAUGUUAGAGCCCGGCGAGGCGGACGCGAAGGAAGGAGCGGAUGGGACGGAAGCAGCGGGGCUGAAGGAAGCAGCGGGGCACACGGCCGCAGCGGGGCCGACCGAAGCAGCGGGGCUCACGGAAGGAGCGGGCCUCACGGAAGGAGCGGGGCUAACCGAAGGAGCGGGGCUCACGGAAGGAGCGGGGCUCACGGAAGGAGCGGGUCCGACCGAAGCAGCGCGGCCCACGGAAGCAGCGCGGCCCACGGAAGCAGCGGGACCAACGGAAGCAGCGCCGGUCGAAGGAGCGGGCGGCAAGGUGGCCACUCCAGCCAAAGAAGCGGCACCUGGGGCUGGGCCGGUGGGCAAGGAAGUGGACUCCGUGGGCGAGGUCCCGAUGGACCUGGACAAGCCUGACCAGUUCCCCGGGUUCCAGGCACUCAACGAGCGCGAGGGCAGCGGAAGCGGCGUGCACGACGCUGAAGACCGGCGCAGUCUAGAGAGCGACAACGAGCUGGGGUCCACCACCUUGGACCCGAAGAUGAAGUGGAAGGAGGCCUACGUCAGCCUCGUCCAACUGCUCAGGGCAGAGAAGAAGGAUCGCGACGCGCUUGCCGCUCGCGUCGAAGUGCUCGAGCAGGCCAACGCCGCUCUUCAGCAGCGGGCCGUCAACGCUGAAGAGGACCUCAACUCGGCGAUGAGCGGGCUUGCGGAGUUGGACGAGGUAGUCGAGGGAGUCAAGGAAAGACUCGACGCCUAUUCCACUAGGGUGGAUGGGCAGGUCCGGCGAGUCGAGCGGCGGCUCGACGCUCAUUCCACCGGGUUGGGGGCGCUCACCUCGGAACAGGAGGGUAUGCGCAAGUACCUCAACACCCUCAGCACGCUCAAGGAGCGAAUGUCCGUGAUGUCGGAGUCGUUCAAGACUUCGAUGGAGGCAACGGUGAGGCGGGCUGAGGAGAUUGAUGAGCGCGCCCAGGAGCGGAUGCGCGCGUUGGAGACCAUGGUGCAGCAACAACGGCGGCACCCCACCAUGGUCGAGCAAGAAUGGCUGCAGAUCCCCGUGCAGGAGCGCGCGACGCGGGUCCAUAGGUACCUGCCAGAAAGCCUGGCGCCGCGAAUCCAACCGCCUACGAAGCCGGCGGGGACGCUUGUUCGACCUCCCCUCUCCCUUGCGCCGUUGAACUUCAACCCGGCCACGCCUCUUCCGCGCAAGACCCGUACGCCGACUGGUCCGCCGAUACCCGGUCCGUCAACGGCUGGUCCAAGCCGCCCAUCAGACGUUGGCAAGAGCCCGUUUGAGCCGUCUUCUGAGGACGAAGAGGACGACGAGGAUCAGCUGGCGCGAGGUGAAGCAAUGGACGAGUCUGACUAA